AUGGAUGAAGAUGAAUAGAUAGACUAAACGAUGGUAACUUUUGGUUCUAUAAUUGCCAUAUCUGAUUUUGUUGAUCAAACAGCAUUCUUAUUCUCAGAUGGAUUUUUGAAACCUUAAGUAUUUUUAAAAAACUUUGUUCAUAAAGAAUAAAAAAAGUAUUUAAGAAUGAUAUAAAAGAAAAACAUUUGAUGGUUUAGAUAAUAACUCUUUUUACAAAUGUUUAUUUUAGGUUUUGCCUAGAGUUUCUGAUACAGUUAAAACACGUGUUUUAUAAGAUUAUAAUGUAACCGAUAUUAAGAAAGAAGAUAAGGAUAGACAAGAUGUAUAUCAAAAAAAUUAAAAAUAUAGGAUAAGAUAAAAAUGACUAAUUAAAGAAUGAAUGAAGAACUUAGUUAAUUAAUGAAUGAGUAUAAACAAAAUAUAGAUGCGAUAGAUAAAUCCAGAUGUUAAAAAUUAACAUACCAUUAACCAUUUUAAUUAUUACACAUUGCAAGUGGUAAGUUUUUAUCAUGUCAUGAUAAUGAAGCAUAAUUAGAAAAUCAAAACUAUCUAAUUAAAUUAGAUGACUACUCAAGUGAUUACACUGUAUUUAAGAUAGUACCUGCAUAUAUGUAUUAAAGUCAUGGAGAAUAAGAUGUAAAUGCAGGUGAAAUGUGUGCUAUUACUAGAGCUAUGCCUAUAUCAAAUAGAUUUGCAUAUAUUAAUUGCUCAUAAAUGGAAAUUUCAGAAAUUAAAGGUAAUGCUUCAUUAAAAUCUGAACAUAUUUAGAAGAAAGAAAUAAAUGCUAGUGUUGAAUAGUCUCAUUCUUGGAAAAUAGUUUUAUUUUAAUAAUAUAUAUCGGAAAAUUCCAGAAAUCUAAGAGUUGGAGAUUGUAUUUGGUUGUAUCAUAGUGAAGCAGAGGCUACACUUUCUGUGAAAAAAUAUCAAGAAGCAGUUGAUAAGACUAAUUUCUCAUUUUAUCAUCUAUCUGAAUGGCUUUCUAUAUAAAAUUUAUAUGUGGCAAUUACAAUGUCUUAAACAGAGAGUGCUUAAGGAUAUUAAGGAAGUACAAAUGGAUUAUGGUAAAUUGAAGGGGAGGAGUUUCUUUAAGGAGGAUUUGUCAAAUAUGAAGCUGGGUAUAGACUUAAGAAUGUUACAACUGGAUAUUAUUUAAGUGUUACAGAAAUUACAGGUGAUAAGAAUAGUAAAUAGAAUAACAAACAAUAAUAUAAAUAUCGUUUAACUUAAGAAUUGGAUAAAUCAACAAUUUUUAUUUUUGUUGAUCUUAAAACUCAACCAAAUUAAAAAUAUUUAAAGGGAGGAAGUUACACAUAUUUAUAAAAUAGAUAAAGUAAAAAUUGGAUGGAUUUUUAAAAUGAUAAGUAAAAUCAUGAAUAUAUUCCAAUUUUAAAACCAUAUUAAGAAAAAACUGAACAUGCAGUAUUUAAAAUUCAUAUGGCUACUAGAAAUGAAGUUUGGGAAAUUUAAUUUUUAUAAUCCUGUUUUAGAAGAUUAGCUAAAUUUGUUAUUUAAAUUCAAGAUCCAAAAUAUCCAGGAAUUAAUAAUUUUCCUUCUAAAAGAAAAUGGUUUGGAGUAUUUUAAUAAUUAAAAAGUUGUAUUGCAGAAUUAGAAAAUUUUGUAAAUAAUAAAUCUUAUACUACAUCUGCAGAAUAAUAAUUUGGAUCGAUAAAUUAAUAUAGAUAGAAAUUAAUGAGAGAAUAAUUUUAUAUUGAUAUUCUUAUUAAAAUAUUAGAAAGAAUAAUUACUAAAGGAGAAUUAGAAUUUUAUUAGAAAUUUGAAAUUGAUUAAGAUUAAAGUGAAAAACAAUCUAAAAAUAAUUUUGAAAUUGUAAGUAAUAUUAUUUUUGAUGAUAAAUCUUUUAUGAUGAAUGAAUAAAAGACUGAAAAUACAUUAAAAACUGAAUAUUAUAAUUAUGUUAAAUCUAAAAUUGAAUUAAUUGAUUAAAUCUACUAAUUCUUAGGAUCUGUAUGUAAAUUAAAUAAAGAAAAUCAAAUAUAUACUUAUGAUUUGAUACCAUACUUUUAAUUGCAUACUAAAUAUUUACCUACAGCAAUUGAAGCAGCUAUUAAUAUUGUAUCAAACAAUAAAUAUUUAUUAUAUAAAUUAAGUGAAGAUAUUAAAAUUGAAUUUUAUGAAAACAAUGAAAUUGAUAACCAAUAAAUAAAAAUACUUAUUAAUUUAUACUAGUUUGAUGAUAAAGAAGAAUAAAUGGAAAUAAAAUAACAUGAAAAAAUCAUAAAAAAACCUGUCCCCUUAAUUGAAUAUUUCAUUAAUCUCUUAUGGGAUGAUGAAGCAAAAAACAAUUCAUAUUAUUUAAAAUUUUUAAGAAAUGUUUGUAGUCAUUAGGAAUUUCCUAUUUAAAUUAAUUAAGAAAAUAUCUACAAAUUAUAUAAAAAGAAUAAUACAAAAUAACCUAAAUUAGGAGUUGAAACUAAAGCCGAAGAAAGUAAAAGUAAUGAUGGUACUGUUAGAUUAACAUCCAAAGCAGGAUAAUUAAUCAUACCUUAAGAUUGUGAUAUAAGAGAUAUUAAUAAAAGUUCAAGAGACAAAUUUAUGUAUAUAAUUGAAUAACUAACAUUUUUUUCAGAAGUUACUUUAGGGAGAAAUUAUUCAUGGAAAAAUGAAUUAGGUGCAUAAUUUGAAAAAUCAUUUUUAUUUAGGAAUAUUUGGUUUAAACAUCCUAUAGAUCCUAAAUAUAUAGAUUUAUAGCCUGGAUUUGCUAGAUUAGCAUUGAAUUUAUAUAUUGAUUAAGAACCUUUAAGAAUAAAGAAAGCACCAAUUAUGUGUUAAUUAUUUAGUGAGUGUGAUAAACCUAGAGAUUAUAUCCUUUUCAAGAGUUCAACUUAAGCAGGAUAAUCUAAUGUUUAAGAAUUGAAUACAUACAAAGAUUUAGUGAAUAAUUUAAUGAAUUAUGUAAAUGAAAAGGGAGGAGAAUUAUAUGAGAUUAUGUGUCCUCCAAUUCAUAAUUAAGGUGGUGAGGAACGAGAUUCUAAAAGAAAUUAAAAUUAAGUUGGUCCAGAUAUAUUAAAAGAUGAAUUGAUUUUAAAUACAAUGAGAAUAUUAGAUAAAGUUAUGAAAUUGAAUUUGAUUUGGGUUUUAGAUUAUUCUUUAGGAGAUUCAUUACAACCAAAUUUAAGACCAUAAAUUUUUAUUUAAUCAAUGGUUAAAUCUUGUUUAGAUAUAUUUACUUAUGAGAAGUAUGAACUUAAUUUGAUUUAAGCUCAUUGUUAAACAGAAAGACAAAGAGUUUAAAAAAAAUUAUAAGAUAAAUAAAGUUAACAUAAACUUAGUGCACCAAAUUUUAUGAACCUUUUAAAAAAAUAGAAUAAAGAAGAAGAUGACAAUGAAGAAUAGAGAGGAGAAAGUUAAAUAACAAAUGAUCAAAAUAUAUAUUUAAAUCCAGUUAUGAAGGGAUAUUUAAAAUUAUAAUCAGUAAUAUAAACUUAAAAUUUUUUGGAUCCAAAGUAUAUAGAAAAUGAAAUUUAAUUAAAAAUUAAAAUAUGUGAUUUUCUAGAAUAUUUAUUAGAUCUAAGAUAAGAUUUCAUGAUGUAAAAUUGUAUUGUCUUUUUUAAAACAUAUAUUUUAUAAGGAGAUCAUAUUGAAAAUAAUCCUAUCGCUUAUAGUUAAUAUUUGUAAAAAGAAAAUAAGAAAAAAUCAAAAAAUCAUAGAAAAUAAUAUGAAGAAUUAAGUUAAAGACAAAAAAAUCUAUUAAUUAUUUAAAGAUUAUUAAAAAUUCAUGCAUUAGGAUUAUUACCUAAUUUAGCAUAAACAGGUAUAAAAGAAAUAGAUGAACCAUAAAAAGAAGAAAUUAGUUUAACAUCAUUCACAAAAAACUUAAUAAAAAUUAAUCAUCAGGAAGAAAAGGCUAAAACUAGAUUUUAUAAUUAUAUAAAUAAUCCUCAAAUUCCAGAAAUUUUAGAUCUUGAUUAAUACUUAAGUUUGGCUUUAGAAGAUAAAAACCCAAAUGAUUAGCCAGUAGCUAGUUUGUUACCAACAUUUUUACAUACAUUUUAUCAUGUAAAAGAUAAAGAACUAGAAAAGAGAGGUCUUUAAUUGUUAUUAAGAUUAUUUACUUAAAAAGAAGAAUUCAAAAAAAAUCUAUAAAAUAUGUAAGUAAUUUUUGAUUCUGAAAAGACUAUAUUACAUAAGUAUAUUACAAUGAAUUUAGAAAAGUUUUAAACAUUAAAUGAACGUCUUGAUAUAUGGAUAUCCAGUUAUAUAUUUGAGGAUUAGAUUACUAAUGAUUUUGAAUAGGCAUAAAAGUAUUUAAAAAGUUUUUAUCAUGGAUUGAAAAGUGAUAUCAAAUUUGAAGAUAAUGAAUUGAUUUCGACAUUAGAUGUAAUUGAUUCUAAAAAAUAAUAACUUUAUGCAAAUUUAGGAGCACAUAUAGCAGUAAUUAAUUUACUUCCAAAUGGUUUAAGAUAUAUUCAUGAAUAUAUAAUGGAUGGAGAAUUAGAAGAAGAAAAGAAAAUUGUUAUGAUUGAUUUUUUUAGAUUAGCUUUUGAUGUUCUCAAAAAUUUUUGUUUUAAUAAUAAUGAAAAUUAAAUUAUACUCUUUGAGUAUUUAAAUUAUUAUCGUUAUAUGUAAUAUGAUUUAGGCUAAUUAGAAUUAGUUUAAGCUAUCUUUUAAAAUAAUAAAACAUUAUUAGUUCAAAAAGUAGAUUAAUAAAUAAUUGAUAUGAUUUUAUCAUUAAUUCUUAAAGAGGGUAGAUAAAAGAGAUUUUUAAAAGUGUUUGAAUCAUUAAUGAUUUAUAAUUCAAAUUACAUUUUUGAUAAUUAGAUUUUAAUAUAAAAUAGUCUAUUACCAAUAGAAUUUGGAGAAAAAGACAUGAAAAUUUUAUAUUGUGAUGGUUCAAGAAAUACUGAUUUGAAAUUGUUUUUAGAUGAUCCAAUAUAAGAACCUGACUUAAAAUUUGUUGAUAAAUUAAGAGAGAUAGAAUAUAGAGAUACAUUCAGAGAUGAACCAUUCUAUUAUCAUGCAUAAUUAUUAGAUAUUCUCAUUUAAACAACUUUAAAUAAUGUAGAAAAGAGAAAAUUUAGUGCAGAUACAAAGGAGGAAGAUAUUAAAAAGAAUUUUAAUAUUAGUGUAAGUAAAUUAAAGCGAUUAUUUACAGCAACAUAUCUACUUGAGAUAUUAUGUUCUAUUGAUGCAUUUGUGAAAAUGCCAAUUACAACAAAAUCUCAAAUUUAAUAUCUUGAUAGUAAUGAUAAAAUUAAAGGUGUUACUUUGAUAAAAUUAUAAGUAAUAGAAUUUUUAAGAUUGGUUCAUAUCUCAUCUGAAAGAGGAUAGAUUUAACAUUCUCAACUUUUUCAUUGUAGAUAAUAAAUAAUUGAUUUUAUUACUUUUGAAAUCAAUCGACUUGAUAAAAUUACUGAAUUAAAUUUAUUCACUUAAGAUCUCAAAAUUUAUCACAUUUAUGGAAUUUUCCCUUUUCUUUUGGCUUAUUAUGAUAGAUUUCUAAAGAAUAUUGAGAAAUAGGAUUUAAGAAAAGAUUUAUAAAUAAUUGAAAAAUUCUUAUAAGAAUGGUUAAAGAAGGUUAAAAAUCUUACAUUUGAAUAAAAUAUACUCUAUCCAAUUAUUACAACUAAUGAAGAUGCUAAAUUGUUAAUAAGAUGUUUAUAAACAUUUUGCAAGAUUUUCUAUGAAAAAACAGUAAAUUAAAAAGAAGAUCCUAUAUGGAAUUAAGUGAAGAUUAAAUUAGAUUCACUUUAAGAAGCUGAUUAAGAUUAAAGUAAAGAUAUUAUAUAAAAUAAUAAUGUUAAUACAAACAACUUAAACGAAAUAGUUGGAGGAUACCAUUCAAGGAAGAGUAGUUUGAUGUCAAAAUAAUUUAGUAAUCCUGAUGAGUAACUUAUCCAAAAUUCAAGUAAGAAAUAUUUACCUGAAAAAAAGAAAAUAAGUGUAUUUUCAGAGAAAGAUGAUGAAUGUGAUGAAUUCUUAGAAGGUUAUGAUUCAAUAAAAUCAAAAAAAGUUGAAAAUAUAUGGAAAUUAUUUUUAAAAGAAUUAUUAAAUAAGGAUCAAUUUUUAAAGGAAGCUGAAAAAGAAAGAGAAACUAUUGCCAAUGCCAUUUUAAAUAUAUCUAGUUUAUUAAAACCAGAAUUUAGUAAGAAUUUAACAAAUAAACCUGAUGUUAAAAGUAUAUCUAGGAAAUUAAUAUCAUAUCUUUAAUCAGCCUUUUCAGAUCCUAAUUGUAAGGGGUCUAUCUAAACCUUAUUACAUAUAUUAAAAAAGAUAAUUGAUACUGAUUAAAACAGAAAAGUAGAAAUGCAAAAUCUAUUUGAUAAAUUAGGAGCAACAUAAAUGGUUUUAUUAGUCUUAAGUGAAAAUAAUUCAGAUAAGAAAUUAAUGAUGGUAUUAAUAUUUAUUAUUAAAAAUAGUCUUUUCUUUAAUUUAUUAAUACUUUAUUAGAUGGAGGUAAUGAUCAAGUUUAAGGAACUAUAUACAGUUUUAUGAUGAGUUUUAGUUAAUCUGAAAAUAUUUUCUAGAAAAUCUAUUUUAUAAUUAGAAAACAAAUUGAAAAUCUCGAAAUUUUAUCGAAAUCAAAAGGUGAAUCUGAAAAUGAAUCAGCUGGGUUGCUUUAAAUAGAUUAUAAUGAAUUUUAAGAAGAUUUAAGUUUAGUAUUAGAAGUUCUAACAUUUUUAUAAAAUGCUGUUGAAGGUCAUUAUCGAAAAUUAUAGAAUUAUUUUAGAGAAUAAACAAAUUCAAAAAAUAACUAUGAUUUAACCAAUGCUAUAACUGAUCUAUUUAAAACAUAUUAUUAUGAUGGUCGUAUUUAAAAAAAUUAUGAUAAUAUGUUAAAAUGUUUAGAUACUUUAAAUGAAUUAGUUUAAGGACCUUGUUAAGAUAAUUAAAAAGCAAUUUCUGAAUCUAAAUUUUUAGAUAUAGCUGCUGAUUUAUUUUCUUAAUAAUAUAUUUUAUCUCCACCAGAAGAAAUUGAAUAGAUUGGAAAAAGAAAAUCUCUUUUGGAUUAACCAUUAUAAAGAUGGUAAAUAUGUAGAUUAAUGAAUAAAAUCUUAAAUUUAAUUAUGAGUUUAUUAGAAGGAAGUGAAAUAAACUAAAAUAAUCCUAUUUUAAAAAGAAUCAUGAGAAAUUUACCAAUUAAUUUAUUAGAAAAACAUUGUGUUAACGAAUAUAAUAAAUAUGUUAAAAUAUAUGGUGAUAAAUAUGAAAUAGAAGCUCUAGAACAUCUUUCAAUUGAUCCAUUUUAAUUAAGAAAAAUGAAAGAAAGUAAAUAUGAUAGAAUUAAAGAUAUAUCUUAAUAAUUUCCUUACUUUGAAACUAUUUUACAAAAUGGAUUUCUGUUAUUCUUCUUAAUGAGUUAUUACAUGGAAUGUGAUCCCUAUAUAGUAAGUCCAAUAAUCAAAAUUACAAGAAUGCAUAAAAAAAAAAUACUAAAAACAUAAACUAGUAAUGAAGUUUGGUAAAUAUUUAAGGAUUCUUUUGUAUAUAUGUUAAUAUAAUUUACAAUUGCUUUAAUAAGGAAUUUAUUUGGGACUUUGAAUUCUAUGAAGAAUUUAGCAACAGAUUAGUUUAAAGUUAAUUAAAUAUAACCAGAUAUGUCAGAAGAAGAAAAAUAAAGAAUCAAAGAAGAAUAAUAUAGAAAAGAUCUAUAAAUGGCUAUCAAUUUUUAUUUAGAGAAUAGUGCCCAUAUUGAUGUUAUGCAUGAUGAUAAUCUAGAAGUUGUAUAUUUCAUUAAACUACCCUCAACAAAUUAUUUACCUAAAGAAUAAAAGAUCCUAUUCCACGAUUAAGUAGAUAGAAGUACUACAUAAUCUAAAGUGUAAGGAUUAAUGAAUAUAGCUCCUACUUUGAUUGAGGUUUGUAAACAUGAAGAAUAUUUAAAGAGAUUAUUUGAUAGAUAAAAAUAUUUAGCUUUACUGACUGAUUAUGUUAAAUUAUGGAGAGAACUAGCCUUUUUUUUAACUUUAUUUUUGAAUCUAUUUAUACUCUUCAGUUUUGAUGGAACAGUUGGUGAUAGAGUUUAAGAUUACAUCUUUUUUAGUUAAUACUAAGAUUUUAAUCCUGUUAUUACUAAGACUAUAAUCUACAUUAUUGGUAUUGUAAUGACUGGUUUAUCCUUAUUUGUGGUCUCAUUUUAUUUAUUAAAAAAUGCUCCAUUAAUUUUAAAAAGAGCUUGGUUAUAAAAAGGGUUAUUUGAUGAUCAAGAUCCAAAUCCUCUAUUUAUUUUAAUAGAUAUGUUUUACAAAUUUAUUCAAACUAUUUUAAGUUUUUUAUAAGAAGUAGAAGUAAUGUAUUAUAUUGCAUAUGGUUUAUUUGCAAUAUUAGGAACUUUUUAUCAUCCUUUAUUUUUCAUAUUUCAUUUAACUGAAAUUCUAUUUAGAUAUCCAACACUUAAAAAUAUCAUUUUAUCAGUUUAUCGUCCUAGAACUUAAUUAAUUUUAACAUUUUUCUUACUAUUUUUGUUAGUUUAUGUAUUUACUAUAUUUGCUUAUUGGAGAUUAUCAAAUGAGUUUGCAGGAUAUUGUGAUACUCUAUUAUACUGUUUCAUGAUGAAUAUAGAAUGGACAUUUAGAGGUUCAAUAGGAGAUUAUGUAUAAUAAGAACUAGGUGUAAAUAAUGUUGCAAGAGAAUUAAGUGUUGGCAGAUUCUUCUUUGAUGAGGUUAGUAAUAUUAUUUUGGGUGUUAUAAUGUUGAAUAUUGUUGCUGGUAUUAUUAUUGAUACAUUCGGAAGUUUAAGAGAGGAGGAAGGGAAUAAAUUAAAUGAUAUGGUUGAUAAUUGUUUUAUAUGUGGAAAUCUAAAGUAAUAAUAUUGUAAUUAUAUUUUAGAGCUGAUUUUGAUAGAUUAUAAUCAAAAAGCAAUGGUGGUUUUAGAGAACAUAUAAAAAUAAAUCAUUAUAUGUGGAAUUAUGUUUAUUUCUUUGCUUAUUUGAGAUGGAAAGAGAAAACAGAAUAUUCUGGAAUUGAAAGUUAUGUUGAUUAAAAAUUGAAAGAGGAAGAUCUAUGUUGGGUUCCAUUUAAUUAAGCUAGAGAAUUGAUUGAUUUAGAUGGUAUCAAAAAUAUUAGAGAGAAGGAAUUAAUAUAAAAAAUAGAAGAAAAAGUAAUAAUGAUAUUCAUAUAUGUAGAUUGUAUUUGUAUAAGAAUAAAUAAUUGACAUGGGAAAACUAAUGAAAGUUGAAUUAAAAAAAAAUAAUUGA